AUGGGUCUCGACAACGGCGAGGUGUAUAACAAGGAUGUCUUCGCAGAAAUGGACGCGACGGGCAGUAUUGUGCCGAUUAUGCAUCUGCUGGUCGGCGAGGGCGUGCAGCCGUGGUUGUGGAGCAGUAUGUCUACUCCUUCGCUUGUCUACAAUGUACACACGCUGACCAGAGCGUCCGCUGGAACCACCGUCGAUACAUUGCGGAAUAUGCCAUAUAAUCCUCGUUGGCGGGAGAUGGUCGACAGGAUACCCAAGGAGGGCCCUAAGCUUGUUAUGCUGCGUUGCGGAGCUGAAGACGCUGAGCACACGUUCUGA